UUCCCGGUGAGAUUUGACGGGGGAACGCUACGCUGCAUCGGAGAUGGCUCGUCACCGACAAACGAUUCGCUCAUUCGGGAAUAACAGCGCGAAGGAAUAAGAGAUUUAUUCGCGAAGAGGAAGCGGAGAGCCGGCGGUAGCUGUCGCGAGCAGUGUUAGCGCUCUGGCCGCUCCACGCCCCGCUGUGCUCGCUCCGUGCGGCUAACCUGCCCCCUCUGUGCCCGUUAGCUCCCAGAGUAAAUAUUAGCCAGUCUGCUUUUAGUUGUUGAUUGCUAAAAUGGCCACCAUGGAGAAACUGAUGAAGGCCUUCGAGUCUCUGAAGUCCUUUCAGCAGCAGCAGGGGCCCCCCACCGCCGAGGAGCUCGUCCAGAAGCAGAAAAAGGAACAGGCUACUACAAAGAAGGACAGGGUGACCCAUUGUCUGACAAUAUGUGAAAACAUUGUGGCUCAGUCUCUGAGAACUUCUCCAGAGUUUCAGAAACUGCUUGGCAUCGCCAUGGAGAUGUUCCUGCUCUGCAGCGAUGACAGCGAAUCAGAUGUCCGAAUGGUGGCCGACGAGUGCCUGAACAAAAUCAUCAAAGCUCUGAUGGACUCCAACCUGCCCAGACUGCAGCUGGAGCUGUACAAAGAAAUUAAAAAGAACGGUGCCUCUCGGAGUCUGAGAGCAGCUCUGUGGAGGUUUGCUGAGCUGGCCCACCUCAUCAGACCACAGAAAUGCAGACCCUACCUGGUCAACCUGUUGCCGUGCCUCACCAGAAUCACCAAGCGACAGGAGGAGUCGGUGCAGGAGACUCUGGCGGCAGCAAUGCCCAAGAUUAUGUCAGCCCUUGGACACUUUGCCAAUGAUGGCGAGAUCAAGUUGCUGCUAAAAGCAUUUGUGGCCAGCCUGAAGUCCAGCUCACCGACCAUCAGACGGACUGCAGCGAGUUCAGCUGUCAGCGUGUGCCAACACUCCAGACGCACCAGCUACUUUUACACCUGGCUCCUUAAUGUGCUGCUGGGACUGUUGGUUCCAGUGGAUGAGGAGCACCCCACCCACUUAGUCCUUGGGGUGCUGCUAACUCUUCGCUACCUGAUGCCUCUGCUGCAGCAGCAAGUCAACACCACCAGCCUCAAAGGAAGCUUUGGAGUCAUGAGGAAGGAGGCAGAUGUACAGCCAACCCCUGAGCAGCUGCUACAGGUGUACGAGCUGACGCUACACUACACGCAGCACUGGGAUCACAACGUGGUCACAGCUGCUCUGGAGCUGCUGCAGCAGAUGUUCAGGACGCCUCCGCCAGAGCUUCUGCACAUGCUCAUCACCGCUGGCAGCAUUCAGCAUGCCACGGUGUUUCGCCAGGACACAGAGAGUCGUGCACGCUCUGGCAGCAUCCUGGAGCUCAUUGGUAAGAUGCUGUCAGGAGAAGAGGAUGGUUUGGAGGACGACCCUGAGAGGACAGAAGUGACUGCUGGUGUCUUUACAGCGUCAGUCGCUGGUGCAGACAGCUCCUCUGCAGCUCAGGUUGACAUCAUCACUGAGCAGCCCCGCUCCUCCCAGCAUACCCUGCAGCCUGGCGACUCCGUGGACCUCAGUGCCUCCUCGGAGCAAGGCGGUGGCGGUGGCGGCACUUCUGCGUCAGACACGCCAGAGUCACCCAAUGACAACGAGGAGGAAAUGCUGAGUCGCAGCUCCAGUGGUGGGGCCAACAUCACUCCAGAGACCGCUGACUACACCACGCCAGAAAACGCCACCCCCGAGGGAGGGCCAUUGGGAGAGGGUGGGAAUCUGCUCGGCACUAACGAUCGCUCAUUCCCACCCAGCGACUCAUCCCAAACCACCACAGAGGGGCCGGACUCAGCUGUCACUCCCUCAGACGUAGCAGAACUGGUGCUGGACGGCAGUGAGAGUCAGUACUCUGGGAUGCAGAUUGGAACACUACAGGAUGAGGAAGAGGAAGGAACAGCACCGUCCUCCCAAGAAGAACCAGCAGAACCAUUCCUGCAGUCAGCACUGGCUCUGAGCAAGCCUCAUCUCUUCGACGGCCGAGGUCACAACCGGCAGGGUUCAGACAGCAGCGUGGACCGCUUCAUACCAAAGGAUGAACCUCCUGAACCCGAACCAGACAUCAAGCAAUCACGGAUAAAGGGUCCUAUUGGACAUUACACAGACCAGGGGGUGGAGCCGCUGGUGCACUGUGUACGGCUUCUCUCUGCUUCCUUCCUGCUGACAGGACGAAAGAAUGGUCUGAUCCCUGACAAGGAGGUGCGGGUGAGUGUGAAGGCCCUGGCGGUCAGCUGUGUGGGAGCAGCAGGAGCGCUACAUCCUGAAGCCUUCUUCAAUUCCCUCUACCUGGAGCCGCUGGACGGCAUCCCAGCAGAAGAGCAGCAGUAUAUCAGUGAUGUGCUGUGUCUCAUUGACCAUGGGGACCCACAGAUCCGAGGGGCCACAGCCAUCCUCUGUGGAGCCAUCAUACAGGCCGCACUCAUCAAAACACGUUUCAACAUACACACCUGGCUGGCCAGUGUGCAGACUUCAACAGGUAACCCUCUGUCCCUGGUGGACUUGGUGCCUUUACUCCAGAGAACGCUCAAAGAUGAGUCCUCCGUCACAUGCAAGAUGGCUUGUUCUGCAGUGAGGCACUGCAUCAUGACGGUGUGCAGCAGUACUCUGAGUGAGCUCGGCUUGCAGUUGUUGAUAGACCUGCUGGCUCUGAGGGAUUUAUCCUAUUGGCUCGUUCGGACUGAGCUAUUGGAGACCCUGGCUGAGAUGGACUUCAGGUUAAUUAACUUCCUGGAGAGGAAAACUGAGAAUUUGCACAAAGGAGAUCAUCACUACACUGGACGGCUGCGGUUGCAGGAAAGAAUCCUGAAUGAUGUGGUCAUCCGUCUUUUAGGAGAUGAUGAUCCAAGAGUGCGGCACGUGGCUGCGUCUGCUGUCAGCAGACUGGUCCCCCGGUUGUUUUACGACUGUGACCAGGGCCAGGUGGACCCAGUGGUGGCUAUUGCCAGAGACCAGAGUUCAAUCUACCUGCAGCUGCUUAUGCAUGAGACACAACCACCCUCCCAGUUCACCGUUAGCACCAUCACAAGGACAUACAGAGGCUACAACCUGUCAAACGCUGUGUCUGAUGUUACACUGGAGAACAAUUUGUCCAGAGUUGUUAUGGCCGUCUCCCACGCUUUCACCUCCUCUACCUCCAGGGCUCUAACUUUUGGCUGCUGUGAGGCUUUGUGCCUCCUGGCUUCAAAUUUCCCAGUGUGCACUUGGACCACUGGCUGGCACUGCGGAUAUGUUAGCUGCAGUAGCAUGUUUAAUUCCCGCUCCAGCCUGAACCGCAGCAGGGGCAGGGCUCUCAGUCUGUCCCAGCCCAGCAGUGCUCCAGGCUCUUCAACCACCUCAGCACAGGACACAGAGCGGAGGACUCUGACCGUGGGAAUGGCCAACAUGGUCCUCUCCUUACUCUCCUCCGCCUGGUUUCCACUUGAUCUCUCUGCACAUCAGGAUGCACUUAUGCUCUCUGGGAAUCUCCUUGCUGCUGUCGCUCCAAAAUGCAUGCGCAACCCCUGGACGGGAGAGGAAGAAGGUGGCAGCACAAGCGGAGGCCAAAAUAAGAUGGAGGAACCCUGGGCAGCACUGUCAGAGCGCUCCCUGGUGGCCAUGCUGGAGCAACUUUUCUCCCAUCUGCUCAAGGUGCUCAACAUCUGUGCCCAUGUGUUGGACGACACACCACCUGGACCAGCAGUGAAGGCCACCCUCCCCUCCCUGAGCAACACUCCCUCCCUCAGUCCUAUUCGCAGGAAAGGUAAAGAGAAGGAGGCUGCAGAGCCCAGUGCUGCCCCUAUGAGCCCAAAGAAAAGCAAUGAUGUCACCACAGGGAGGCCAGCAGACAUCACAGGGUUGGCAGGUCUGAACAAAUCUUCCACGCUUGGCAGCUUCUACCACCUGCCACCCUACCUCAAGCUCUAUGAUGUCCUCAAAGCUACACAUGCCAACUACAAAGUGACGUUAGACCUUCACACUACCCAGGAGAAGUUUGGAGGUUUCCUGCGUUCCACUUUAGAUGUUCUGUCUCAGCUGUUGGAGCUGGCCACACUACACGACAUCAGCAAGAGUGUGGAGGAAAUUUUGGGCUACCUCAAGUCCUGCUUCUCCCGAGAACCAACCAUGGCUACAGUUUGUGUCCAACAGCUGUUAAAAACCCUGUUUGGCACCAACCUGGCCUCCCAGUACGAGGGGGUCCUGAGUGGUCCCAGCCGUUCCCAGGGUAAGGCCCUGCGUCUCGGCUCGUCCAGCCUGCGACCAGGUCUCUACCACUACUGCUUCAUGGCCCCGUACACUCACUUCACCCAGGCUCUUGCAGAUGCUAGUCUCCGCAACAUGGUGCAGGCUGAACAGGAGCAGGACACGUCUGGGUGGUUUGAUGUAAUGCAAAAGGCGUCCAAUCAGCUGAGGUCCAACAUUGCAAAUGCAACUCGCAACAGAGGAGACAAGAACGCCAUCCACAACCACAUUCGUCUAUUUGAGCCACUGGUGAUCAAAGCAUUGAAGCAGUACACCACCAGCACCUCUGUGGCCCUGCAGAGACAAGUGCUGGACCUGCUCGCCCAGCUAGUGCAGCUCAGAGUCAACUAUUGCCUGCUGGACUCGGAUCAGGUGUUCAUCGGCUUUGUCCUUAAGCAGUUUGAAUACAUUGAAGUGGGACAAUUCAGAGAUUCAGAGGCAAUCAUUCCAAACAUCUUUUUCUUCCUGGUGCUGUUGUCGUACGAGCGCUACCACUCCAAGCAGAUAAUCAGCAUUCCAAAGAUCAUCCAGCUUUGUGACGGCAUCAUGGCAAGUGGCAGGAAAGCUGUGACACAUGCCAUCCCAGCGUUGCAGCCAAUAGUUCAUGACCUGUUUGUCUUGAGGGGCUCAAACAAAGCGGAUGCAGGUAAAGAGCUGGACACACAGAAAGAAGUGGUGGUCUCCAUGCUGCUCAGACUCGUACAGCACCAUCAGGUGUUGGAGAUGUUUAUCCUUGUGCUGCAGCAGUGUCACAAAGAGAAUGAGGACAAGUGGAAGAGACUGUCCAGACAGAUUGCUGAUGUGCUUCUCCCCAUGAUCGCCAAGCAGCAAAUGCAUCUGGACUCUCCGGAGGCUUUGGGAGUGUUGAACACUCUUUUUGAGACGGUAGCUCCCUCUUCUCUCAGGCCUGUGGACAUGCUGCUCAAGAGUAUGUUUACCAUCCCAGCCACCAUGGCAUCAGUAGCUACUAUACAGCUGUGGGUGUCUGGUAUCCUCGCCGUGCUCAGGGUACUCGUCUCCCAGUCCACUGAAGACAUUGUCCUGUCGCGAGUCCAUGAGCUCUCCCUCUCCCCACAUCUCCUCUCCUGCCACACAAUCCGCCGCCUGCAUCAGCAGAGCCCCUUCCCAAGCGACCCGCCCGCUGCUGACGUACUCGGUAACAAGGAGACUAAUGGAGAGGCACAGAAAGUCCAACCUGAGGAAACUUUUGCCCGGUUCCUCCUGCAGCUGGUAGGAGUGUUGCUUGAUGAUAUUUCUUCCAGAGAAGUGAAAGUGGACAUUACAGAGCAACAACACACCUUCUACUGCCAACAGCUGGGUACACUGCUCAUGUGUCUCAUACAUGUCUUCAAGAGUGGAAUGUUUCGCAGGAUCACAGCUGCAGCCAGUCGUCUCCUGAAGGGCGAGGUCGGCACUGGACAGACUGGCACGGAGGCCGGCCUCUUUUAUCCCCUGGAGGGCCUGAACAGCAUGGUGCAGUGCCUCAUCACCACCAAUCCCUCCUUGGUGCUCCUUUGGUGCCAGGUCCUCCUCAUCAUCGACUACACCAACUACUCCUGGUGGGCUGAGGUUCACCAGACACCAAGGAGACAGAGCCUCUCGUGCACAAAGUUGCUGAGCCCUCACUCCUCAGUGGAAGGUGAAGAAGACAAACUUGAGGCCCAGUUAACAAUGGUCAACAGAGAGAUCGUACGGAGGGGAGCUCUUAUCCUCUUCUGUGACUAUGUGUGUCAGAAUCUCCACGACUCGGAGCAUCUGACCUGGCUGAUUGUCAACCAUGUGCGUGACCUGAUUAACCUUUCCCAUGAGCCUCCGGUGCAGGACUUCAUCAGCGCUGUACACCGGAAUUCAUCUGCCAGUGGCCUCUUCAUCCAGGCCAUUCAGUCGCGCUGUGACAACCUCACUAAGCCUACCAUGUUGAAGAAGACUCUGCAGUGUUUGGAGGGCAUCCACCUCAGUCAGUCUGGUUCGCUGCUCAUGCUUUAUGUAGACAAGAUGCUCAAUACGCCUUUCAGAGUUCUGGCCCGCAUGGUGGACACGCUGGCGUGUCGCAGGGUGGAAAUGCUGCUAGCUGAGACACUACAGAACAGUACAGCUCAGUUGCCUGUGGAGGAACUGGACAGGAUCCAGGAAUACCUUCAGACCAGUGGACUCGCUCAGAGGCAUCAGAGGUUCUACUCCCUGCUGGACAGGUUCAGAGCCACUGUUGCUGACACAAGCAGCCCCAGCCCUCCCGUGACAUCACACCCGUUGGAUGGAGAUCCACCACCUGCCCCUGAACUGGUGAUUGCAGAUAAGGAGUGGUACGUGGCUCUGGUGAAGUCUCAGUGCUGUCUUCGUGGCGAUGUGUCCCUUUUGGAGACGACUGAACUUCUCACCAAACUACCUCCUGCUGAUCUCUUGACCAUCAUGAGCUGCAAGGACUUCAACCUAAGCCUGCUGUGUCCAUGCCUGAGUAUAGGCGUGCAGCGGUUAGCACGAGGUCAGGGUCCGCUCUUGUUGGAGACGGCCUUGCAGGUGACCCUCGAGCAACUAGCAGCGGUCACCGGAUCACUUCCUGCACCACACCAGUCCUUCCUGCCUCCUUCCCAACCUCAGCCCUACUGGGUACAACUGGCUGAUGUGUACGAUGUGGCAGAUUUCUACCCUCGUGUUUUGUCGCUCUGCAGAGCUCUGUCCCAGUACCUGCUGAGUGUGAGCCAGCUGCCUUCCUCACUUCAUAUUCCCUCUGACAAGGAGCAUCUCAUCACCACUUUCACUUGCACUGCCACUGAGGUGUUGGUGUGGCGUCUGCUCCACGAUCAGUUGCCCCUGAGUGUGGACCUACAGUGGGCUCUAUCCUGCCUCUGUCUGUCUCUGCAGCAGCCCUGUGUCUGGAACAAGCUCUCCACUGCAGAGUACACCACACACACCUGCUCCCUUAUCUACUGCUUACGUCUGAUCAUCUCUGCAGUGGCUGUGAGUCCUGGUGACCGCUUGCUGUAUCCAGCAAAGAAAAAGACGAAGGCAGAAAGAGACGCUGAAGGAGACCAAGUGGACUCUGCACAAGCUGACCACCUUUUCAAGUGGCAAGCAUGCGAGAUCAUGGCUGAACUGGUGGAAGGGCUGCAGAGCGUCCUUGCCCUUGGUCACAAUAAAAACAGUGUAUUCCCAGCUUUUCUCACACCAACUCUACGCAACAUUGUCAUCAGUCUGUCCCGACUGCCUCUGGUCAACAGCUACACCCGAGUUCCUCCACUGGUUUGGAAACUGGGCUGGUCCCCUCAACCAGGAGGAGAAUUCAGCACGACACUCCCUGAGAUCCCUGUGGACUUCCUGCAGGAGAAGGAUGUCUUCAGAGAAUUUCUCUAUCGCAUCAACAUACUAGGCUGGAGUAACAGGACUCAGUUUGAGGAGACCUGGGCCACUUUGUUGGGGGUGCUGGUCACCCAACCCAUCACUAUGGACCAGGAGGAGGAGACGCAGCAGGAGGAGGAUUUGGAGCGCACCCAGUUGAAUGUGUUGGCAGUGCAGGCAAUCACCAGCCUGGUGCUGAGUGCCAUGACCCUGCCUGCUGCUGGCAACCCUGCAGUCAGCUGUCUGGAACAGCAACCCCGCAACAAGAGCAUCAAAGCCCUAGAAACACGGUUUGGAAGGAAACUUGCGGUGAUCAGGGGCGAGGUGGAAAGAGAGAUUCAGGCUCUUGUGUCCAAAAGAGACAAUGUCCAUACACACCACCCGUACCACGCCUGGGACCCUGUGCCCUCACUGUCUGCAGCCUCUGCAGCAGGUACGCUGAUUAGCCAUGAGAAGCUGCUGCUUCAGAUCAAUACAGAGAGGGAGAUGGGCAACAUGGACUACAAACUGGGGCAGGUCUCAAUCCAUUCAGUGUGGUUGGGUAACAACAUCACCCCUCUGAGGGAGGAAGAAUGGGGUGAGGAUGAAGAAGAUGACGCAGACACUCCAGCACCCACCUCUCCGCCGAUAUCUCCUAUAAACUCGAGGAAGCACCGUGCAGGUGUGGACAUCCAUUCAUGUUCUCAAUUCCUCCUGGAGCUCUACAGCCAGUGGCUGAUCCCAGGCUCCCCGAGUAACAGAAGGACUCCAACCAUCCUCAUAAGUGAAGUGGUCCGAUCGCUGCUGGCAGUGUCAGACCUGUUCACAGAGAGGAACCAGUUUGACAUGAUGUUCUCCACCCUGAUGGAAUUGCAGAAGCUCCAUCCGCCAGAGGAUGAGAUCCUCAAUCAAUACCUGGUGCCUGCCAUCUGCAAAGCUGCAGCUGUGUUGGGCAUGGACAAAGUGAUAGCUGAGCCUGUGUGUCGUCUGUUGGAGACGACCCUGCGUAGCACCCACCUGCCGAGCCGCAUGGGGGCCCUGCAUGGAGUGCUGUAUGUGCUGGAGUGUGACCUGCUAGACGACACAGCCAAACAGCUCAUCCCCACUGUCUCGGAGUACCUGCUGUCCAACCUCCGGGCCAUCGCUCACUGUGUGAACCUGCAUAACCAGCAGCAUGUGUUGGUGAUGUGUGCUGUGGCUUUCUACAUGAUGGAGAACUACCCUCUCGAUGUUGGAACUGAGUUCAUGGCUGGAAUUAUACAGUUGUGCGGUGUGAUGGUGUCUGCCAGCGAGGACUCCACUCCCUCCGUCAUAUAUCACUGCGUGUUGCGCGGCCUGGAGCGCCUCCUGCUGUCGGAGCAGUUGUCGCGUGUGGAUGGAGAAGCGCUGGUGAAGCUCAGCGUGGACCGAGUCAACAUGCCGUCACCGCACAGAGCCAUGGCGGCACUCGGCCUCAUGCUCACCUGCAUGUACACUGCGGUGCUUGCGUCGGGUUCAGACGUGACAAGGGUUAGAGGUCAGGUUGACUCUGGCUCUGCCGUAGCGGAGGCGGUGGGCGUCACGGCGGGUCAUGUUGGUUUCUCCUCAGGCAAGGAGAAAGCCAGCCCUGCCAGUCGCCCUGACCACGUUGACCCUCAAGCCCCAGACAGCGAGUCGAUCAUCGUUGCCAUGGAGAGGGUCUCUGUGCUCUUCGACAGAAUCAGGAAGGGUUUACCAAGCGAGGCUCGUGUAGUGGCCAGGAUUCUGCCCCAGUUCCUGGAUGACUUCUUCCCGCCACAGGACGUCAUGAACAAGGUCAUCGGAGAGUUUCUCUCCAAUCAGCAGCCCUACCCACAAUUCAUGGCCACUGUCGUGUAUAAGGUUUUCCAGACACUCCAUGCCACAGGCCAGUCGUCUAUGGUGCGAGACUGGGUGCUGCUGUCCUUGUCCAACUUCACUCAGAGGACACCGGUUGCCAUGGCCAUGUGGAGCCUCUCCUGCUUCUUUGUCUCUGCCUCCACCUCUCAGUGGAUCUCAGCCUUACUGCCUCAUGUGAUUAGCCGAAUGGGCUCCAGUGAAGUGGUGGACAUCAACCUGUUCUGCCUGGUUGCAAUGGAUUUUUACCGGCACCAGAUUGACGAGGAGCUGGACCGCCGGGCUUUCCAGUCCGUCUUUGAGACCGUGGCCUCGCCCGGCAGCCCUUAUUUCCAGCUGCUGGGCUGCCUGCAGUCAAUCCACCAGGACACAUCACUGUGAGCAACAGGCUGAGACGGACAUGGAGGCACAGAGUGAAAAAUAGUGGCAGGGGGGGUUGGAGCAUGGGUAGAAGAGUGGAUUAAGGUGAGAAAUGUGGCAGGCUGUGAAAUGAAAUCGAAUGUAUCCCUCCCCCUCGGAAUGCUUCAUUACAAUGACAGAACUUCUGAAGUCACCAUAAUAAAUUCAAAGGAAUCAGUGUAAACAUAUUUCAAAAAAGAAACUAAGGGAGAUCUAACUCCAUGUCAGGUUAAGAGUGUAAACUGCACAAGAGCAGUCUCUGAAUAGGAAGAGUGAGCUCCUGUACCUAAUGUGAAGGACUACACCCCCACCACAGACAUUCCUCAAGACUAAUGACAGCACCUUGAACACUUCCUCCGACCCAGCACCUUGAUUUAGAAAAACAAUAUAAAGAUCACAAAUUGGAACUGUUUAUUUUCCUGUGAGGACUUGCUUGAGUAUUGUGAUGUCAGUAAAGUAUAAUAGAGAAGAGAAAAAUAACCUGAGAAAAAAUUUACUAUAUUUAAAGUUUCAAUGCAUCUAUUUUUCAAGUGUGUUAAAUAGGUGUGAUGGGCCGACAUACAAGUUGUUAAUAACUAGUAUCUUUUUAUAUUUGUUGUGGUCAUUCCAACACAUUGAUAAGAUUUCAUGUGAGUCACUUAUGGCGUUGUCUUGUUUGUUUUUCGUGAGCAGGGGAUGGGUAUUGUGAUGUCACGUUACUCCUGCAUCCGUUCAGUGACACAUUCUGGAUGUUAAGUGAGAGGACAAAGAACCAGACGGGUACAAACUGAGCAGUGUAAAGAGAACCUCACUUUGUGCUGAUUCUAAAUAAAAUGGUUUUAAAUGUUUAAGGGCCCAUACACCUAAAGUCAAAAAUACCAAAACUGCAGUGAUAUCUUAUUUUAAUAAGUUGCAGGAGGGAAAUAUUUUCCUCAUAUGAUUUUAUGAUCUUGCUUCGGUUUAUUCCUUUGUUUCCGGUACAUACACCUCCCCCAGGGCACCUGACUGAUUCCACCUGUCAACUUCCUGUCCCUUUCUUUUUAAUUCUCAGGAUGUAAGAUGUGACUAUUGUUGUAAUAAGGCCAGAUGUAAUUUACAGUCUUUAAAUGGAGUUACCUUUUUGUAUAUUGUAAAGUAAUAUGGAAAUCAUGGUGCAUGAUAAAAUAGGAAGCUGUGUAAAGGUGAGAUGUUAAAUAGAUGCAUAAUGAAGCCUUCUUCGUCUGUCUUAAAACACACGUACACGAUAAGAGGAAUCGGCAGAAAGCUUGUUUCAUUGAAGACUUGACCUCGAGUUGCCUGGGAGUGUGCUGGACGUCGUCACUCUGUACAUACACUUGCCUUAGAUAAAAGACUGAAUAUAUGUAUGUCCUGUACACUGAAAGCUUGAAAGCAUGCUUAGCAUUACUGCUAUUUUCUUGCGUAGUCCUUAAUACUGUAUUUCUGUGGGCCGACUGUUGUGAGGGAGAGAUGCAACACAAUCCAAAGGGAGCCUUGUAACCUUAGCAACCAACAGCCGCUUUGACAAAUCAUCAGAGGGGGGAGUGAAGCCAUGUGACGGUGGUUUACUGUUUUUGUUGAGCUUUAAAUAUUGUUUGUCUCCGUUAAAGAUGGGUAAAUAUUUCAUGGUCUUUGUACAGAAUAUUAAAUACACCUAGCACUUAAAAACUGGAAGUUGUCCUCUUGAUGUCAGAUGUGUUCCACAGAGCGUAAAAACAUUUGACUGCUUUUCAACUUUUAAAGGCAAUGGGGCAGGUUUCCUUUGGUCACGUUAAAAUAAUAUAUUCCCAUAAUGAAUGGCUCUUAUUGAAAUCACAAUGUGAGUCCUGAAACAGAUUAAAUUAGUCUCAGAUCAGUUUGGAUUCAUUCUUUUUUUGUCCUAUCUUACCUCUGUCAACUGGACAGAAGAAAUGGUUUCACCUAGUCCUUUGGUAUUUCCCCAGGCGUAAGAAAAGCAAAUGCCUGACUGGGGAUCCCUGCAGGGGGUAAUAAGAUUACCCAGAAAUCCUUUGUGGUUUUGAGAGAUGGGCGGGGAGGUUGUGGACAAAGGUCAUGUUUGACUGAUUUAACACGCUUCCCUUCAAGACUUUAUUUUCCUUCUACUGGAGGAAUGAAGGAGCUCAGAGGAUAAUGUAGUCACUGCUUUUGACCCAAUAAGUCUUUUCUCUGCCAAGUUGUCCCAUGAUGUCCCCUGAGUUUACUAUUAGCAUGUUGACGCUUGGCAUUAAGAUAAUUCAUCUUCAUUUGGUGCCCACUUGCCACAGUUGUGAUUUAUUCAAUAAGUGUGUGGAAGAAGCAGAAAGUGAGGAUUCACUUUGCCUCUCUGUUUUUAUUUACAUUUGCCUGUAAAAACAUGAUUAAAAGCGAUUGUGUAUUUCAUUUCAAUAUUUUGAUCACUGCAUAUGGUCCAUUGUCGAAAAUGAAUAAAUUAUUUAAAGAUGCUUAA